CGUCCGCUGUAAACCUAGCAGAAAGGUCUCUUGCCUGCAACUGGAUCCGCCUGGAAGAGACACCCAGAUCCUGUAACAAAGGACACCAGCAACAAAAAGCUGAAGGCGGGGCAGCAAAGGCACCUUGGCUUGGGAUUCUUGCUGGUGGAACGGAGGAGAGACGAGGAGGCGGUCUGCUUAACAGCUUCUCAUUUUCAGGUUGUCACUUCCUUUGUGGCUGUUAGAAAUCCUCAAGGACCAAGCAAAAUUCAGGACGUCUUUCUUAAGCCAAGAUGCAAUUCAAAACAGGACUAGAAUUAACUGAGUUGCAGAACAUGACGGUCCCAGAGGAUGACAACAUCAGCAAUGAUUCCAAUGAUUUCACAGAGGUAGAAAAUGGCCAGAUGAAUAGCAAGUUCAUUUCUGACCGUGAAAGCAGAAGAAGCUUAACCAACAGCCAUUUGGAGAAGAAGAAAUGUGAUGAAUAUAUUCCAGGCACAACUUCAUUGGGAAUGUCUGUCUUCAAUCUCAGCAAUGCUAUCAUGGGCAGUGGGAUAUUAGGACUUGCCUUUGCAUUGGCCAACACAGGAAUUGUGCUCUUUUUGCUGCUUUUGAUUUCAGUGACACUGCUGUCUAUUUAUUCAAUAAAUCUUCUAUUAAUAUGUGCAAAGGAAACAGGUUGCAUGGUUUACGAGAAGCUUGGUGAGCAAAUCUUUGGCACUCCUGGAAAAGUGAUUGUUUUUGGAUCAACCUCUCUUCAGAACACUGGAGCAAUGCUGAGCUAUCUCUUCAUAGUGAAAAAUGAACUCCCCUCUGCCAUAAAGUUCCUUAUGGGAAAAGAAGAAACAUUUUCAGCCUGGUAUGUUGAUGGGCGACUUCUUGUCGUAAUGGUGACAUUCUGUAUAAUUCUUCCUUUAUGUCUUCUUAAGAAUUUAGGGUAUCUUGGCUACACUAGUGGCUUUUCCCUGACUUGCAUGGUAUUUUUUCUCAUUGUGGUUAUCUACAAGAAAUUUCAACUCCCCUGUCCCUUACAGGGGACAAACACAACUGCCUUCUCAAACUCUAGCUCUUCCUCUGAGGAGAUGUGCCAGCCCAAGUAUGUUACCAUUAAUUCCAAGACUGUGUAUGCUUUGCCCACCAUUGCAUUUGCAUUUGUGUGCCACCCUUCGGUGCUUCCAAUCUACUGUGAACUGAAAGAUCGUUCACAGAAAAGAAUGCAGAUGGUUUCAAAUAUCUCAUUUUUCGCCAUGUUCAUUAUGUACUUCUUGACUGCCAUUUUUGGCUAUUUGACAUUUUAUGAAAAUGUGCAGUCAGAUUUGCUCCACAAGUACCAGAGCAAAGAUGACAUCCUCAUCCUGACAGUCCGGGUAGCGGUCAUUGUUGCAGUCAUCCUCACAGUUCCAGUAUUGUUUUUCACUGUCCGCUCCUCUUUAUUUGAACUGGCUAGAAAAACCAAAUUUCACUUAUGUCGUCAUGUUGUGGUCACUUUAGUCCUCUUGGUGAUCAUUAACCUGCUAGUUAUUUUCAUACCCUCCAUGAAGGAUAUUUUUGGAGUUGUAGGGGUAACUUCUGCCAAUAUGCUGAUUUUUAUUCUUCCAUCAUCACUGUAUCUAAAAAUCACACACCAAGAUGGAUCAAAACUGACUCAGAGGAUUUGGGCUUCUCUCUUUUUGGCACUAGGAAUCUUGUUUUCAUUGGUGAGCAUCCCUCUAGUCAUCUACGACUGGGUGCAUUGAGGAGACACUGCUGAAGACCACUGAAGUUAGUCAGACAUUGGGAAGAACCCAUCUCCAUUUUGCUACUCACCAAAAUCACCAUCUGGUCAACAUUUCCCGCA